CAGACGAGAAGAAUUCAACAGUGCAGCACUCGAACGAUCUCUUCAAAAUGUCUGAACAACGAGCCUUGAAGAAUCCUUAUCCAGAUUACACUGGGCUGGGAUGUGCACAAGACUUGUUUGACAUGCAGGGAAAUUUGACCCAGCAUUUCGCCACCAGUAUAAGCAGCAAGAUCAGUGAGCUUUUGGCCAUUUUGGAGAACGGGCUGAAGAAUGCAGACCCCAGAGACUGUACUGGGUACACUGGCUGGGCAGGAAUUGCCCUGCUGUACCUGCACCUCCACAGUGUGUUUGGAGACCCGACUUUCCUCCAGAGGGCUCUGGAUUACGUCAACCGCAGCCUGAGGAGUUUAACGCAGCGCUGGGUGACCUUCCUGUGUGGAGAUGCAGGACCGCUGGCCAUCGCAGCCGUGGUUUAUCAUCGCCUCCAGAAACACCAGGAGUCUGAUGAGUGUCUGAACAGGCUGUUGCAGCUGCAGCCAUCAGUAGUGCAGGGGAAAGGAAGGCUGCCUGAUGAGCUGCUGUACGGCAGAACGGGCUACCUUUACUCCCUCAUUUUCGUCAACCAGCAGUUCCAGCAGGAGAAGAUCCCCUUUCAGUACAUUCAGCAGAUCUGUGAUGCUAUACUGGAGUCGGGACAGAUUCUUUCUCAGAGGAACAAGAUCCAGGACCAAAGCCCUCUGAUGUAUGAGUGGUAUCAAGAGGAGUAUGUGGGCGCUGCUCACGGUCUGUCAGGGAUCUACUAUUACCUGAUGCAGCCUGGUCUUGUUGCUGGUCAGGACAGGGUUUUCAGUCUGGUCAAACCCAGCGUCAAUUAUGUGUGUCAGCUGAAGUUUCCAUCAGGAAAUUAUGCACCGUGUGUCGGAGACGCUCGAGAUCUUCUGGUGCACUGGUGUCACGGCUCUCCUGGAGUUAUAUACAUGUUAAUUCAGGCUUUCAAGGUGUUUGGCGUGCGGCAGUAUUUGGAGGACGCUUUGCAGUGUGGUGAGGUGAUCUGGCAGAGGGGUUUGCUAAAGAAGGGUUAUGGACUCUGCCAUGGAGCUGCUGGAAACGCUUACGGCUUCCUGGCCCUUUACAAGAUCACGCAGGAUCCCAAACACCUCUACAGAGCCUGCAUGUUUGCAGACUGGUGCAUGAAUUAUGGGAGACACGGCUGCCGGACUCCAGAUACACCGUUCUCACUGUUUGAAGGGAUGGCGGGGACAAUUUAUUUCCUGGCUGACCUUCUGCAACCAGCUAGAGCCAAGUUCCCCUGUUUUGAGGUGUAAAGGUUGUUCGAGGAUGUAUGCAGAGUUUAGCCUAAGCUUCUCCAAGCUGGAUGGAGUGUCCUCUGAUGGUGGAUUAGUACUGUCUCGCUCUGCAUGUGCGUCUGCAUGCCUCGGCCCUGUCUCAAUUCAUGCUAAAUCUUACGAGAGGUGUGUAUAUGUGGAGAACAGUGCUUUUUUUUCUCCCCCCAUUAGAAGAAGGUGGAUGGGUUCUUGACUAUAUAGAUGAGGGUUAAUUUGAAACUAUAAAGUUAAAGGGAUAGUUGACACAAAAAUAACAAUUCUGACAUUAACUCACUUGGUUCAAUACCUUUUUGAGUUGUUUUCUUCUGGUUAACUUAAAAGAUGAUAUCCUAAGAAAAUGCUGGUCGCUGCCACCCAUUGACUUCCAUAAGAUUUUUUGAGUGCCGACAAUCAACAUUCUUCAAAAUAUCUUCUUUUGUGUUGAGCAGAAGAAAGAAACUCAUAAAGGUUUACAACAACAUGUUCAUUUUUGGGUGAACUAUCCCUUUAAGCUUUUAAAAUAAAUGUUUAAUAUGUUUAACAGAUUGCACUGAUUUUUGUUGUACAUUUGUUGAUGUUCUUGAACAUGUGUUUGGUAUUAUAUAUUACUAAGACUCAUUGAACAUUUAUUAUUUUGAUGUAUCUGUUAGGAUAGGAUUUUUUUUAGGUUUAGAAUAUUGUGAUAUGACAAAAAAAAGUGUAACUGCGUUUUGAAACUAAUAAUUGCAUUCAUAUGCUUUGAGUAGGAUUAAUGCUUUGCUUUCUGUAUUAAAAUGAGUUUAUUUUGAUAAUACUAAUAGUGGUAUCAGAGGAUGUGCUGCAAAAUUGUUUGUUUUUUAAAAGAUGGUAGUAAAAUAUGUUAGCAUUUGCCUUUUACAGUAUAAUUUGUACAUUUUCAUCUGCACAGCAAUAAAAAUAACAAAACA